AUGUCCGCUGAGGUAUCCGGAGAUGUUUGGGCCACGCCUCCUCGUAGCAAUCGGAGGUGGCCCCACCUCACCAGAGCCCGCGCUGGAGGUUUGCGCGCCUGUGAACGCUGUGCCCCUGAGUUUCCCACAAGCCCGCGCAAAACCAAGAACCCCGAGCUCCUUGCAGUCAGCGGUGGGCUGCCUGGAGCAAAGCCCCUGUAUCACGCGGAGACCACAGCAGUGGAGGUGCAUUUGGCCAUACUUAAAAAUGCUGUUUCAAACUCAUAA